UUUGGCCGAGCGUUCCCUCGAAGUUGCUUAUUCGUCGAGCUCGCUCCGAGGCGGUUAGACGCAGCACCACAGUACCAUGAAGUUCCUGAUUGCCUUCGCGGCGCUCCUGGCCGUCGCGGCCUCCACGCCCGUGUCCCAGAGCAAAGUUAUCUGCUACUAUGACAGCAAGAGCUAUGUCAGAGAAUUCGAGGGAUGUAUUUACCCAGCUCAAGCCCGCAUGCUGCCGCUGGACCUGGACCCGGCGCUGUCGUUCUGCACGCACCUGGUGUACGGCUACGCAGGUGUCCAGCCUGACACCUACAAGGCCAUCUCGCUCAACGAGAACCUCGAUGUAGACAGGAACCACGCCAACUACCGCGCCAUCACCGGCUUCAAGAGCAAGUACCCUGGCCUGAAGGUCCUCCUUUCCAUCGGUGGAGAUGCGGACAAGGAAGAUGAACAGAAAUACAACUUAUUGCUCGAGUCGCCACAAGCACGUACCGCGUUCGUCAAUUCCGGAGUGCUGUUGGCCGAGCAGCAUGGCUUCGACGGUAUCGACCUCGCGUGGCAGUUCGCCAGGAUCAAGCCCAAGAAGAUCCGCGGAACUUUUGGCUCCAUUUGGCACGGCAUCAAGAAGGCGUUUGGCACCACGCCCGUGGAUGAUAAGGAGGCAGAACACCGUGAAGGCUUCACUGCGCUCGUGAGGGAAAUGAAGGCUGCGCUCAACCUCAAGCCCAACAUGCAGCUCGCCAUCACCGUGUUGCCCAACGUUAAUGCCACUGUUUACUACGACGUGCCUGCGAUCAUCAACCUGGUUGACAUCGUGAACGUCGACGCCUUCGACUACUACACACCAUCACGCAACCCCAAGGAGGCUGACUACACCGCUCCCACCUACAAGCCACAGAACCGCAACGACCAUCUUAACGUCGACUCUGCCAUCAACUACUGGUUAUCAGCUGGUGCGCCUAGCAACAAGAUUGUCCUGGGUAUCGCAACCUACGGACGCACCUGGACACUGGACUCUGACUCGGAGAUCUCAGGAGUACCACCUCUACAUGCUAACGAGGCUGGAGAAGCUGGACCCUACACGAAAACCGAAGGAAUAUUGAGUUACCCGGAAAUCUGCGCUAAGCUGAUCAACCCCAACCACCAAAAGGGCAUGCGACCUCACCUUAGAAAGGUCACCGAUCCCAGCAAGCGUUUCGGUACAUACGCCUUCCGCCUACCGGACGACAGCGGCGAGGGUGGUCUGUGGGUUAGCUAUGAGGACCCUGACACGGCUGGACAGAAGGCACAGUACGCCAAGUCUAAAGGUCUCGGCGGCGUGUCCAUUGUAGACCUAUCCAUGGACGACUUCCGUGGUUUGUGCACUGGAGACAAGUACCCAAUUCUUCGCGCGGCCAAGUACCGCCUAUAAAUCAGCUAUCAGUGAUAGAUAUAAAAUACAAUAAGAUCACAUCUCAAUAUACCUAUAGGUAGACUAUGCUAAUAUGUUUUCUUCAGUGUUUUCGCAACUUCUUAUUUAUAUUAUAAAGUGUAUUACAAUGAAAACCUUGAAAGCGCUAUAAAGUUCUGAAAACUGAGACGAAUGGUGUUUGGUUGUUGCAUAGUACCUAUUUACAUUGGAAUGGUAGUGUGCUUUUUAUUCAACGACAGAAGGGUGAUACGUGCAUAGCAUAAGAAUAAUUUUAGCCGUCGGGUAAUGCAGCAGAUGCAAGAAAAUUCAGUAAAUGAAUAGAUUUCUUGAUAUGAUAUGCAGCAACUUUUAUUAAAUAACAAAUAAACCAAAGGUUUCAGUAUUUUAUAUCAUUUUUAAGCUUUUUCGUGUGAUCCACCCUCGUAUAAUCUCAGUUUUAAAUAAGCAGUAAUGUUAUUUUAUCGAUAAAUUUUUUAAUAAAAGAAUAAUUGAAAUUUA